AUGGAGAGAAAGGGAGGGAACGCUAUCGCACGUGCCAAAUCUACACUGGAUCGUGAUCGAGGACGGGACCGCAACAGUUCCGGCAGAAGAGGAUGGACCCACAGAAAUCUUGCAUUGCGGUACAUCAGAGAAAACUACGGUCGAAAACGAAAUGCGGUGCUUUAUUUCGCCGACGACGAUAAUAGUUAUGACGUUCGGCUGUUCAACAACUAUAUUCGUAAUGUGUCGAGAAUAGGGGUGUGGGCCGUCGGCCUCGUAGGAGGAGCAUGGGUAGAAGCUCCACACGUCUCCAACGAGGGUAAGGUAAUCGCAUGGGAUGUAAUGUUCGCUCCCGGACGACCAUUUGCCACCGAUAUGGCCGGAUUUGCCAUCCACAUCAAGGAAAUUUUCAGAGCAAGGCAUGCCGCCUUCAACACCAACUGUGCCAAGAAUUACAAACAGGGACCUGAAUCCUGUUUUCUCACUCAGUUCGGCUUCAACAAGGAGCACCUAGAACCCUUUGGUUAUAAGGACUUUCCAAAGGAGAUGCUCCGCUUCGUCGCUUUGCUCACCAUUCUGGCACUUGUUUGUGCACAGUGGCAGCAACCAGUGCAGACAAGAGAGAACAGCUUAGACUGUGGAUACACUUGCACAAGAAAAGCGCAAUUCCGAGUGAGCAUCGACGGAGUGAUGACGACCGCGACCUGCACCGCAAACGGAGCGGAUCCGAAAGAUCGCUGCGCGGGAUGUUGCCAGGCCCGCGCGCUGGCUGCUGGACUAACAGCGGUCGAUGGAGCUGGAUUUCCAUCUACUAAUGGACGGGAGUGCAUUUGCUGCUUCUAUAACGCAUGCAGACUAUAAGCUAGUUUUAACAUAACAUAUAAGACUUUUAAUUUG